UAUUAGUGUUGAGAGCGUGUUGGCGAUCGGUCCCACGAUACAAAAAUUCAAUCAUCAAUCAAACAAAAUCCCAAGCUUAUGAAAUUUCAAAUUCGCUAAAACGAAAUCAAGAAAUCAUCGAAUUUCUAGAGUUUUGAUCAGUUUGAUUCCGGCCGACCGUGUUUGAAGCCGGCGAAGAAUGGAUCUCAGUAGAAUGAGCCGGGAGCAGAUAACUCUGGUCGGAGUAGGCUUCUGCGUGAUGGUGACAAUGCAUUUCACGGUUCAACUGUUGUCUCAGCAUCUCUUUUACUGGAAAAACCCUAAGGAACAGAAAGCUAUAGUCAUAAUUAUUCUUAUGGCGCCAAUUUAUGCUGUUGAUUCUUUUGUAGGCUUGUUGGAUAUUAGAGGCAGCAAAGCCUUCUUCAUGCUUCUUGACUCCGUUAAGGAGUGUUAUGAGGCUUUGGUGAUUGCUAAGUUUAUGGCUUUGAUGUAUAGUUACUUGAAUAUAUCAAUUAGCAAUAAUAUUGUGCCGGAUGGAAUUAAAGGAAGAGAGAUUCAUCACUCAUUUCCAAUGACUCUUUUCCAGCCUCGUACAGUCCGACUGGAUCAACAUACACUGAAGCUUCUCAAAUAUUGGACAUGGCAGUUUGUUGCUAUCCGCCCAAUAUGUUCCAUCUUGAUGAUCACAUUGCAAAUUCUUGGGAUGUAUCCAACUUGGUUGAGCUGGACAUUUACCGUCAUUCUGAACAUCUCUGUUUCAUUGGCAUUAUAUUCUUUGGUGAUCUUUUACCACGUUUUUGCAAAAGAGCUGGCACCACACAAGCCGCUUGCGAAGUUCAUGUGCAUCAAGGGCAUUGUUUUCUUUUGCUUUUGGCAGGGUGUGGUGCUUGAGAUACUGGCAGCCGUUGGCAUCAUUCGGUCUCAUCAUUUCUGGUUAGACGUUGAGCACAUUGAGGAAGCUAUUCAGAAUGUAUUAGUGUGUCUGGAAAUGGUAGUCUUCGCUGUUUUCCAGCAGUACGCAUACCAUGUUGCACCCUACAGUGGAGAUGUUGAAGCGAAGUUGAAAAUGAAGAAGAAGGAGUGACACACGAAGCCCAAAAACAAUGAUGAACUCCAUGUGUAUGAAUCCAAACACAUCAUUUAGGUUGUAUUCCUUCUUUGUGGCACUUGGUUAUGAAAGUAUAAACGCAGGUUGCACUUUUCUGUUGCUGGGUUUUCUGUGAGAUAGACUGGAGAAUGUGUUACAGAACAAAUGCAGGUUUAUUAUUAGAACUGGUUGUAUUGCUAAAUUUUUGGGCUUUUGUGGUAGAGUUGGUGGCCCAAAUCUCGCAUACAUUUUGAGGUAAUUUUAUUUUCAGAGAGAUGCGUUCAUACGAAACAAAUAAAAGACUUUUUUUCAUGUUUUAUC